GUAGCGCAAGUUCAAUAUAUUGCGAAUAUUUAAAAUAUCUAUAGCUACUAUUGCGAUAUUCAUUCGUAAUAACUGACAAUUAUCCUGAUUCAAUUAUGUCAAAAAUUUAAGACGAACGAAAAUUUCCAGUGCGAUUGAACGCAAUGAGUGGACGUGAAAACGCAGAAUUCAAAAAUGCCCUCCGAGACAUAGCUUCCCACGCACAUUCUCUAGAUAGUCCUUUCGACCGCGUAAGAUGCGCAGAAUGGGUGAGAAAAUUAAUUUCCUUACCUGAUGAUAAUUUAGAAACAGCUAAAGUAAGAAACGAAUAUGCACAAUUAUUAAGAAUCCAGGUGAGAAACCGUUUAAUCCAUGGACCCUUCGGCUCAUCACCCCCAGACAGUCAUAUUGGACUCUGUUCACUACCUGAAGCUUUGGGAGCCAUGAUUGGACACCAGAUUCCUUUCCUACCUAGGACUGGCCGAAUUCAGCCAGUUCUGCACCACAAAUCGCCAGAUGGUAGAGCUUACAUUUCAGCCAAGCAAAUACCAGGUGGUGGAGUUUUUGUUUAUAUGGCUGUAAGUCCAGAUGGAUUAGAAUAAGACACGAUUUCUCAAAAAUGCCAAGAAAACCUCAUUGUGUGAUAUCAAGAAGUAUUCCUUAAAAUAAAAACACGUAAUUCGA